AAUAAACUCAGUGAACGACUGCAGCUGACGGAACCCGUAAUCUCCGAAGUCCUGAGAAAUGAAACAGAGACACCUCCGCGCCUCUUUUCUUUCGCGAACAGAAAGCGGAGCUGGGUCCAGUUCACAUUGCUACGGCCGCUCUCCCCCCUCCGACGGGCUCGUGGUCCACGCCCGGGCCGCGCGUCCCGUUGCUAGGAGGCGAGGUGGCGUGGCUCCCGGCGACUUGCCGCGCUCUGCAGGGGGCGGCUUCGCCAUGGCGGGGGUGGCUGGGCCGGGUGUCGAACUGGGCGGCGUUCUGGUGCAGGUGCACAGCCAAGACAACCCAGGAGUGGCUUAGGGACAACUGCAUAUCCUAAGGAGGCCCAGCCAGAGCCCUGACCUGAACCCUAUUGAACAUCUCCAGAGGGACCUGAAAAUGGCUGUCCAUCAACAGUCACCAUCCAACUUGACUGAGCUGAAGAGGAUUUGCAACGAAGAAGGGCAGAAAGUCCCCCAGUCCAGGUUCAAGAAGAUCUUCAACAGUUGAAGGAACAACUGCGAGAUUUCAGCCACGACUGGGAAGCAGCAGAGGCUGAGAGCCUGGAACUGGUUGUUGAAAGGGCAGAGAACAGAUUGAGGAAGCAUGCAGAGAAGUAUUUAAAUGCAGUGAACAGAUCAGUGCUAACUAUUUUCCCAGCGGAUGAUGCAGAACUGUCUUCAAGACAGAUUUCCAAAUGCACAAGCUUUCAAUGAUGAUGAGGAUUCUGUGUGACCCAAGGCACGUAUACCACCGAAGCAUUGUAAAUCAGAACUAUGGUGUCAGUUUGCCAUUGGUUAAUCGGAGGGAAACCGCAUACGCACCGACGCAAAAGAUUGCAAAAGGUGUGACAGGCAACAACCUUUCUGUAGCACCACCAUCCUCCCGUUUGAACAACAUUCGCUCUGCCGUGCCUAUUUCUGAGAAGGAUGCAGAGAAAGGCAUCCUAAAUCUAAUUGAAAGAGGACUGAUCCCACGUGCUGCUAGGAUUACUCUAGAGAAGCCACCCAUUCUGCCAAAACCUGUUCCUCUCCAUGAAUUUCAGACGAAGCACAAGAAGGUUGAUGCAGAUGGGGCUCGGCAGACUGAGAAGGUAGAAGCAGCUCCUCUCCCAUCCCAGAAGCCCUCCCAGGUCUCUGAGUACGCAGCAGAAGGCGGAAAGGAGAAGAAAGGAACCAAGGGGAGCAUCGCUCCACCACCCUCCUGCAUCUCCGUCAUUUCCUCCAAGAGACUCAAACAGCAGCAGCUGCUUCAGGCAAUGAGACUGAGGCGGUCAGCCAGCCCUUCGGUUUCUUUGGCAAAGACCCCGGAGACAAUGCCUCCGGAGACAUUCAAGAAGGUGGCUUUUGAGUUCGAAAUCCCUGUUUGCAACGGUGUCAUUGACUACGCAGCCUCCGACCUGGUUCAGUUCAAGCAGUACUGCUGUCUGCUCUGGGGAAGCAUCUUCUCCUUCCUGCAGCAAGUGGAGACUCUGACAAAGGACUAUGCCGUUCCUUUGGCCAUUGUCACGGGGAAGAAAGUGAUGGACCUCAUCCCGGAUUUUGAGCUCAGCCAGAGAGCAGUCCGGGAGGAAAUCCUCUCGGUCUUAAAGAACAUUUCCACUGUUCAGAAAUUCCUAAAACAGCCUGGCCGGAGAUACAAAGGCCAAAAUGGAACCGAAAAGGCAGCCACCAAGAUCCAGGCAACGUGGAGGUGCUACAGACUGAGAACUUCCUACAUUGGAUUCAGGCACCGGCAGUGGGCCUCGGGCAUCAUUGCCAUUUCCUGGCUGAUCCACGCCCACUUGCAGCGGGUCCGAAAGUCCCUGAAGGAAUCGCGGCAGAGACACCUGGAGAACUUCCACCUCAGGACCAAGCAUCUGGCCGCCAACUGGAAUCGCAUCAGGAGCUCUAGGAGGACGAUUAUCCACAUCCCAUCGUUAGGAUACAAGCAGUCACUUCGAGAGGCAGAUCCAGAUUUUGCUGUUCAUCAGGGAUCACAGUUUGGAAGGUUGUGCGAGAUCAGAGAUCCAAAUGUGGACGUCAUCUAUAUUUGCCCCUUAGAAUUAAGUGAAGAGUUGCUGCGCUAUUACAAUAAAUUCCUGGGUCUGCAGCCAGCCGUUCGGUCUGGGAACCCCGAGGACAUUGCUGACCUACAGGACAGGUUCAAAAUCCUCACCCCUGAAGCCAUCAACAGUUUUCCUAACCGCCCCAUGUCCCUGGCUACCUUCAUGAAAUACAGCCCUAGGACCAUUAAAAGGGUCAAAAACCUGGUCCAAGGCAAGGAAGCCUAUAUUGUGGGAGGUCUUCUGAACCAAGAUGACCUGGAAGUGGCCGACGUGCUAGACAUGCCCAUUCUGGGCUCUGACCCAGAAGUGGCUCAUCUCUACAGCACCAAGUCCGGAAACAAAAGAGUUUUUGACGCUGCAGGGGUUCCAGUGCCUCCCGGGCAGCAGGACAUCUACAGCAGGCAGCAGAUGAUCGAAGUUCUCAGUCAGCUGAUUGUAGACAACCCAGAAGUGCAACGUUGGGUGUUCAAGGUGGAUAAUGAAUUUGGGGGAAAUGGGACUGCAUUUUGUGACAUCACUAAACAUCUCAAAUGCUACCCUUGGAUUAUGAAGGAACGUCAUCGAUACGGACCAGAGAUAUGGAAUAAGAGGUGGGCUCAUGAACCAGCUUUGGUGAAGCUCUCUCAGGAGCUGCCGGGCCUUUUAGCACAGCACGCCCAGGCUGUCAAUGGAAAACGAUUUCCUACAUGGGGGAAAUUCCUCCAAACGUUUGUGAGUCAAGGUGGAGUCAUAGAAGCCUUCCCACCUUCAGACAGCCUCACCAGCCUCACCGUGGACAUGCUGAUUGAACCUACCGGGGAGGUCACGAUGGUUUCCUGUGGGGACCAGUUUCACGCGGACAGUCCCUUGCGGUCUUCAGGAACUACCCUUCCUCAGGCUUCAGUUGAACCCGAGCUCCUUAAUCUGCUGUGUUUUAAAAUUGGAGAGGCCUGCAAAUCCAGGGGAGUGGUUGGAUACUUUUCUAUCGACUUUGUGACUUUCAUCCACCCGCAGACCUUGAGGCAGCAGGUUUGGGCAAUAGACUUGGAUCUGCACUAUAGUGAUCACUUGGCUAUGACCCAGGUCGCGCUCUACGUAACCGAGGGGACCUUCAACUGUGCUUCCAGCCGCUUCCAGGUGCAGCUUCCUCCAAAGAAACCACUUGACCUGCCUCUGCAGAAGGAGCAGACCCAACCCACGUCCCUGGUCAGCCGCCACAUUCUCCUGAGCAGCUCAAUUAAGAACGGCAGCCUUUCCUUCAUUUACUACAAUGUUUUCCUCCAGAUGUGCAAGGCUCACGGGAUUGGCUAUGAUGUGCGGCUAAAAGAAGGAACCAUUUUUAUCUUGUUUGAAGACCAGAAAAGAAACACAUUUGGAAUGAUAACAAUUGGGGAACAUCUCCAGGGGGUCCUCAUGACCUUUGCUCAGCAUCUCUUCAUCAUCUAUCAAGAAUUAUCAGCACCUAAUAUGCAUGCCGAGACCAAUUUUAAGGGAGCCAUUCAAGAUAUUGAGAGGAUCUUAGGGGUUACAGAACAGAACAAGUUAAAAUUUGAAGAGGAAAAGGAGGCCUUGAAAGCAAAAACAUCCAAAAAGUAGUUAAAAUAUAUUCUUCGUGCCUUGAGAUUCUCACCAUGCAUCUUCAAAUUCUUCAUCUUUUGUUGUCUUCCACAUUGACAGUUGUACAUCUGCAAUUGUAUUUUGGAUUUUUGGAAACCACAUUUAAUGAAGCUACUGUAAAUAGGUCUCAGUAGUGACCCAGAUUUUUAAAACUGUUAAAAUGAGAUUAAAUGUCCUCUGUGUGAUUUACAUGAGCAUUUGUUCCUCCAAUAAAAUGUAAUGUAUUUAUA